GUAGUCUUUACAGUUGCCUACUGCAUACAGGGAGCUUGCAGUAUCGGGUAGGUACAUAUCUACUGGCUGCGGACGUACCGGAUCGUGAGGUCGAGGAGAGAUCAGAGCGUGAAAAAGGACGCAUAGUUCGAACAGUUCUCCUUGUUGCCGUUGGACGCUGGAGCGUGACGUGUUGAGACUGCUGUUCUCUCACCAUUCUGUCGGCAACCGGUAUUUUCAUACCGACCACCUCAGAGAACCGCUGUGUCUGACGAGAAGUGUUCCCAGCUCUCUCGAAUCAAGUCAGUUUGAGCGCCGUGGACCUUCCCACGCAAGUGGGUGGCGCUAGCAUCAUGCAGCCCACGUCCAUCAUCCUCCUCGGCCUAUGUGCAGUGGGCGCACAGGCAUUCUUGGCCAGCAACAUUACUGAGAAUGUUGAACCCAAUGGAACAUAUCACCUGCCAGAAGUAGAAGGCUAUGACGGCUGGUACAACAACUUGGCUCAUCCGGAAUGGGGUGGUGCUGACAUGCCGUUGAGUCGACGCCUGACACCAGUAUUUGCCGAUGGAACAUACCAGCCAUCCGGUGCAGGACGUCCCAACCCUCUGGACAUAGCCGAAGCCACCAUGCGUGGCGCCGUUGGUCAGACAUCGUAUCGGAACCGAACCGCGCUGUUGACGUUCUUUGGCCAGCAGGUUGUGGAGGAAAUUCUGGAUGCUCAGAGGCCUGGCUGCCCACCAGAGUAUUUCAAUAUUGCUAUCCCAAAGGGCCACAGGCUGUACGAUUCUGACGGAGAUGGCGGCAAAUACAUACCUUUCCUGCGAUCGCGCUAUGACAAAAACACUGGCCAGUCACCAAACAAUGUCCGUCAACAGCUGAAUGAGAUCACGCCGUGGAUCGACGGUGGUCUUACAUACGGUAUCACCAAGGCCUGGGCAGAUGCACUUCGUUCUUUCCACCGCGGUCAGCUGAAAUGCUUAGGAAAUCAGACCUGGGACUGUGCCCUUCCGGACAGAAAUGAUAUUGGCUUGCCAAUUGUUAACCCACCACCCCCUGCUGACCAUGAGCUCAAGAGUGCACGUCGCUUCUUCCGUAUUGGCAACCCGCGUGGAAAUGAGAACCCGAUGUUGCUUAGUAUGCAAGUGGUCUGGUUCCGUAAUCACAACUACAUUACCAACCGCCUCUUAAAUGUCUUUGAGGGCCUGGGUGUGGAGGUUAAUGACGAGAUCUUGUACAACCGUGCCCGCCAGUGGAACAUUGCCGAGUAUCAGCACAUUGUGUUGGAUGAGUGGCUGCCAGCUUUCCUUGGUCAGGACAUUCCAAGUUACCCGGGCUACAGUUCCACGACUUUCCCUGGAAUCACACACAUCUUCCAAUCAGCUGCAAUGCGCUUUGGCCAUACGAUUGUCCCACCCAUUGCCUACCGCGCUCUGGUCAGGGAAGAACUGGGAGUUCCAACGUGUAUGUUCCGACCCUUGGGCGGGGAACCGUCGGCCAGCCCAGCUAAUACAGUGACCAGUGUUCGUACUUGCCAGUCAUACUUCAACUCACCGGACAUUAUCAACGUCGAAGAAGGUGUGGACGAGCUGCUGUUUGGUCUUUCCCGGCAGGUCACCGAGCGUGAAGACAACAUCAUCACCGAAGAUCUCCAAGGCUUUGUGUUUGGAGGUCUGGAUUUCAGUCGUCGUGAUUUGAUGGCACUGAACAUCCAGCGUGCUCGGGAUCACGGUCUGCCUGACUAUAACACGGCAAGAAUGAGCUUCGGUUUGCCUCGUGUAAACAGCUACAGAGAGAUCAAUCCAACGAUCUUCGAUAACUUUGAGGAAGCCGACAAUACUUAUUCCACCACCAGAGAUGCCAUUAGACGACUUGAAAGCCUGCACAACAACUUCACCAACCAACCUAGCAAUGUCAGUAUCGAUACUGUGGAUAUCUGGCCUGGUGGUCUGCUGGAGACUGUCGACGGGCCGGGACCACUGUUCUCGACUGUUAUCCUUGAUCAGUUCCUGCGUAUCCGUGAAGGAGACCGAUUCUGGUUUGAGAACGAACAGAAUGGACUCUUCAAUCAGGAGCAGAUUGCUACGAUCAGGGCAGUGUCAUUCAAGGAUGUCCUGGUGCGCAUCAUGCGCGCCUCUUGGUUCAACAGCUCCAUGUUGACACGCAACCCGUUCAGGUACGACGGCCAAGAAGACGAGGACUUUCCUCUUUUCAGAACACAUGGCUGCGAACCGCACAUUGAGUACAAUGUCCCUAACCUUGCCCAGCACAUGGAGCCUUGCUCACCCAUGAAGACAUUCGACUAUUUCCAAGGCAGCGAGGGCCCGUUCAUCGGUAGCUUUGUCUCUCUGGGCCUCUACCUGCUUCUCAACGUUGUCAUCCUAUUCGUUGCUGUGAGGGUAGUCAAGCAGCGGGCCAUCAAGGCGAGAGCCUCUAACGCGUCCGACGGCGGUGCUGACGUGUGGCUGAAGGCCGGUGUUAUCUCCACGUCAGGCGGUGUACCCAUGGUGGCUGAUGAGCUGAAGGUGAAUCCGGCCCGCAAGGUGGUGGUGGCACCGUCGGUCAGUAAGAAGCAGCUCAAGGUCUACGACGCCGUGUCCGGAGCCGUGGUGCGCAGCAUCGACCUGGCGCACAUCAAGCACUGCGACAUGCUGCUGACCCCGCAGAACAAGGUGCUCACGGAUGGCGUCAUCCUGCUGCGCUUUGCCAACCUCUACGACCUGGUGCUGCGCUUCGCCGGCUCGCCCGAGCCGUUCUCCAACGCCAUGAACGACUUCUUGAACCACAUUGGCGUCACGACGAGCCGCCGCUACCUGGCCGAGAACGCCAUCCUUGCCGACGUAUUCACCAAGGAGGAUCGCCAGAAGCUGGUGGAGGAGUUCUUCCGUAUCCUGUUCCGCGAGUCUCUCGCCGAAGAGGGCCAGCCAAGAGAGAAGACCAACUUCAUCGGAAUCCGCCGGCGCACCACGAAGCGCAGGAAGCAAAUUCUUAGCCUCGAGCUGACCAAGGCUGAGUUUGCGGAGGCCAUGAGCAUGAAACCUGACACGCUGUUUGUAGAGCAGGUCUUCAAGCUGGUGGACGAUGACCACAGCGGCACUGUUUCCUUCCAGGAGUUCCUCAAGUUCUUGAUCCUCUUUACCAAGGGCACGGCCGACAACAAACUGGAGCUGAUGUUCAACAUCUACGACAUCGACGGCAGCGGCACUCUGGAACGCGAGGAGUUCACCGAAAUGCUGGGCCAUCUCAUUGAGCAGGCCAAUGAGCAAGUGGAUUCGGGCAAUCUGAAAACAGUCGUGGACAGCAUGAUGGCGUCGGCCGGCCUGGCCGAUCAGCGUACCAUCGACAUCCAUCAGUUCAAGAGAUUGUUUGGCGAGUACCGCUCGGAGCUGGACGACGCUGCCGUCCAGGUGCGCGGCAAGACUGCACGCAAGUCCAACGCCCAGGCCCUCUCCGUAGGCCAACUGCAAGCCCUGGACUCGAUCAAGGGCGGCAACGGAGCCUCCAGUGAGCCAUCCCAACUGGAAGAGGAAGCGCCAGCGCCGCAGGCAGGCCGUUAUUGCUCCGUCAGACGACGCAAGAUCGACGUUGCCACUGCCGCUUACGAGAACGAGCAAGACAACUCAGCCUCGUCUGAUCUCCACAUCGAGCCACUGCCUGUUGAAGCUGAAAUUGGAGACAACGCUCAGCUUAGCACUCAGGCCGAUAACAUUCUGAGAAUCCAGCGCUUCUGGGAGAACUACCGCCUGCAUAUCUUUUGGUUUACUCUCUAUCAGCUUGUGGUCGGCGCCAUCUUUGUCGAGAGAGCUUAUUACUAUUCCGUGGAGAGAGAGCACGUUGGCCUGCGUCGUAUUGCCGGCUAUGGUGUGACGGUAACUCGUGGUGCCGCGUCCGCCAUGAUGUUCACCUACUCAUCUCUGCUGGUCACCAUGAGCCGCAACAUCAUCACGCGACUCCGCGAGACCUUCCUCAACAAGUUCAUCCCGUUCGACUUUGCCCAUACUAUGCAUAAGUUGAUUGCUUACACGGCCCUGAUCUACACGAUAGUGCACUGUAUUGGUCAUGCCAUCAACUUCUACCACAUCAGCACCCAGACCGCCAAUGAUCUCACCUGCCUGUUCCGCGAGUACUACCACUUAUCGGACGAGCUGCCCAAGUUCCAGUUCUGGCUGUUCAACACUCUGACUGGUGUGACUGGUUACCUGUUGGUGUUGGUGUGCGUCACUCUCUACAUCUUCGCCAUGCCAUACGCACGCCGCUAUCUCUUCCGCACGUUCUGGAUCACGCAUCACCUGUACAUAGUGAUGUACAUCCUGCUCAUCCUUCACGGCAGCGGUCGUCUUGUGCAGCCGCCGCUCUUCCAGUGGUUCUUCAUCGUGCCAGCGUCCGUCUUUGCCAUCGACAAACUCAUCAGCUACAGCCGCAAGAAGGUGGAAAUUGUCGUGUACAAGGCCGAGAAGCUGCCCAGUGGUGUGACUCACCUGCAGUUCAAGAAGCCAAGCAACUUUGACUACCUGUCUGGCCAGUGGGUUCGAAUCGCCUGCCUGAGCCUCAACGAGAGCGAGUACCAUCCGUUCACGCUCACCUCGGCGCCUGGCGAGCCCACCCUCGACCUGCACAUCCGCGCCGUCGGCCCCUGGACUCAAAACCUGCGCACGGUCUACGACCCGGAGAACCCCAAGAACCGCGACGCUCACGGCGCUCUGUCAUUCCCCCGCCUUUACCUUGACGGUCCGUUUGGAGAGGGUCAUCAAGAUUGGUUCAAGUAUGAGAUCGCUGUGCUUGUCGGCGGCGGUAUUGGUGUCACACCAUUCGCCUCCAUCCUCAAGGAUGUUGUUCACAAGCAGGCUAACAACACUAGAUUCGCAGCCAAGAAGGUUUACUUCCUGUGGGUCACGCGUACGCAGAAGCAGUUUGAGUGGAUGACGGACAUCAUCCGCCAGGUCGAGGAGCAGGACAAGAAGCAGCUCACCGACAUCCACAUCUUCAUCACCCAGUUCUACCAGAAGUUUGACUUGCGUACGAUUAUGCUGUACAUCUGUGAGCGCCACUUCCAGAAGGUAUCCAACCGCUCUCUCUUCAGCGGUCUGCGCUCGGUCACUCACUUCGGACGGCCGCAAUUCAACAGCUUCUUCGAAGGUCUUCAGGAUCUUCAUAACUCUGUUGGCCAGAUUGGUGUCUUCUCCUGCGGACCGCCACCGAUGACACGGUCUGUGGAGGAGGGCUGUCAACACUGCAACCAGAUCGAAGGCCCGAUCUUCAUUCACCACUCCGAAAACUUCUAAGUGUCCCCACUUCACGCUUGCUUUGCAAAUGCCCGCAAAAUGCCCACAGUCUUCUCUCUCUCCCUGUUUCUCUCUCUCUCUCUCUCUCUCUCUCUCUCUCUCUCUCUCUCUCUUCAUUCCUGAUAUUCUUUUCCCGGGACUCUGUUCCUUGCCUUUAGUCCUCUGGUUCCUAGGUGCUUCAUUGAACACCAACCCAACCUUUCUAUCUCCAAGACUGUGUUCUUCUGGCCUCAUUUUUUUGUUUGCAGCAUGCACUCAAACUGCAUUCUAAGAAUAGAAUUUGACAUGAUCUGGGUACAGCAGUUGGUUAUCUGCCAUAGAAUCAAAUGUAACUCCUGCACACACAACCCUGCAAUAAGUCAUACAGUGAUACAAGUAAUAACAAUGGAGAUGGGACCGUACUUGCAUUCAUCCCCUUCCCCCUGCUCUUCUGUUGCUGCUAGUCAACUGUGUGCUGUGCCUCUAGCCAGCUGUGCGUAACCGUGUAAGCUCUCUUAACUGGAGGUCACCACUCAGCCAGGUGCAGGUGCCCUCUCUAACUCGAAGGCAAUCUUUUCCGAUCAGUAACCCCAGCAUGUAGGAGACCUUUACCCACAUACUGCAUAUCCUUGCCGGUCUUGGCGUCCAUGCUCCUUGCUCUGAUUUUGCGUAUUCCUUUCUGUUAUGGCUGAUCAUGCUGCUGCCAAUGUUACCCAGUUUCUUUUAGAGCACUAAUGCACUACCGAGCAAAUUGAUACACUGUCCGUACUAAUAAUGAUACACUGUCAUCAUGGUCAUGAUAAUUGGUGAUUGGUGAUUGAACUCACAGAACUUGA